CGUAUAUAAAUAAAUAAAAAUGUUUCUGCAAUAAUAUCUAUAUAAAAGCAACACAUUUAGUUUAAACGCAGUGUCUAUAUUGUAUGUAAGAAAUACAUAAAAAAUUUAAAUUUGAAAUAUUAUUCUGUUUAAUAAUCAUUUGUAUGACGAAUUGUCUCUAGAAACUCAAAAACCAUGUCAAGAGAGGAUGUAAGAGAACAAGUGUUAGAACUUAUGUCCAGAAAGGACAAAAUUGAGGCAGAAAUUAAAGACUUAACAUGUAUAUUGACACAAAAUGGAGUAGGCAUGAAUGAACCCUUAGUUGAUAGUCAAGGUUUUCCAAAAAGUUCUAUAGAUGUUUAUCAAGUCAGACAUGCCAGACACAGAAUUAUCUGUCUACAGAAUGAUCACAAAAGCCUUAUGAAGCAAAUAGAAAAUGGUUUACAUGGGUAUUACAGCGCAACAUCUUUAGAUUCCAACUUAAACAAUGCUGUUGCUAUGGAAACUGACCCGAGCAAUGCAGUAGUCCAUACUGAACCUUUUGCUAAGGUUACUAUCGUUAGUGAUAAUUCUCCAGCUUAUUUUGCUGGGAUAGAUGUAGGUGAUCUAAUAGUUGAGUUUGGUUCAAUAAAUAAAACAAAUUUCAAAGUUAUCACUGAUAUAGGUACCUUAGUGCAACAUACUGAAGGAAAUCUCUUGAAUGUUAAAGUUAAAAGGGGAGACAGGUUUUUCACACUUCAGUUAAUACCUAAGAAAUGGAUAGGAAGAGGAUUGUUAGGAUGUAAUAUUGUUAGUUUGUAGUUUUUGAUGUAUGAUAAAGAUCUUUUUAUUUAAA